ACUCUUCAUUGUAACUAUAAACAUUCAACAAGUACUUGUUACGAUGUGAACACGAUGACCCCCCCUUCACUCCCUCACUUUCUCUGCAUAUACACUUAAAUAGUAUAUAUACUUCAAGCGGGAUGACGAUUUUAUAAAUGGGUCUGUCUUGUUGAACUUCGACACCAGCCAUUAUUGAGGACAAUAUGACAGAGACCAGUGACACAACAGUGUCCAAAGAGCAUUUUCUUGAUGUUAAAAUAGCAGAUCCGAAAGCAGACCAACACAAAAAGGGAAUAUCAUCAUGGAAUCGAGGCGACCUGGAAGAUCGUUACCUCAGGCUCUACGAGGACCACAUCUAUCUCAAGAAACAUUGUCACAAGCAGGAAGACCGGCUAAAAAGACUUGGGACAAAGGUCAUGCAACUGGUCGUGGACAGGAAAAAAUCCGCUCUCGAAGGAAAAGGCAAGGUAUCGGUCAGUGGUGGCAGCGUCAGCCAGGAGACGGUUAACGACAUGGAGACCAAGAUGUAUGCCUACGAGAAACAAAACAAACAACUCAAAGAGAAGUUGCGAAUCACGAAGCAGCACCUGCUGAUCGCCAGCAAGCAAACAACGGCCUAUAACCAUGUGCAGCCACGCAUUAACACCGGUCUCCCCAAACCCCCGCCGGAGCCACGUAUUUUGAAGAAUCGUCGAGUGAUUGGCCCUCAGCUCUCAAAAACCAAGAUGAAAAUAUCAUCGCCUGAAGACAGCCCAUCUGAAGUAGACUUGCAGACAUUGAGUAAACUUCAAGAGGAAAACGAAUAUCUGCAAAGAACCAUUGAGAUGCAACAGCAGCAGGUUGAAGAUCUUCAAAGAGAGAGCCGUAUGAAGGAAAUCCAGUUUCAGGAAGAUAUCUCAAUGCUGAAGUUACAAAUCAACUCUGACCAAAGGGUGAACGUGGAGGAGAAUACGGAGCUGAUCCGGAUACAGCGUGAGUGCAAGGAGAAGUGCAGCCAGAUGCAGCAGCUGCAGGUGAAGUACCAGCAACUGGAGGAGGAUCUGUCCACAAUGAGACUCACCUACCAGUCUGUACUCGGAGAGAUGGACCGACUGACCGCACAGCUGAAGGAAGAACAAAGCAAACAACUCAGUCUUCAGCAGCAACUGAAGAUGGCAACAUCCAAGAGUGCCAGCAUACGCGAGCUCCAAGAACAGAUAAUCUCAUUACAGAAUGAUAAACAACUCCUUGUGGAAAGCAAUGAUAAGCUGACCAGAAGUGCCUUUGACUUGGAGCGAGAGCGUGAGUGGCGCCAGAGGGAGAGUGCACUGAAGGUGCAGAUUGCACAACUUGAGGCGGCCAUCAACGCUGACCUCGGAGAACGGAGCAACGUCAUUGAUAGACUGAACAAGGAAAUUGCGGAAAACAGUGAAGCAGAAAGGUUGCUACGCGAAGUUCGUAUAGAAAACUACCAACUCCAGGAACAAAACGAGGAACUAAAAAAGAAAAUGAGUAUUUUCACCAGUAAAAGUGACGUUGACUUAACGGAGCUUGAGGAAGCCCUCACCCUGGUACGGAGCAAGCAGGAUUCAGUUAACAAGACCCCUAGUUUUGUGAUGCAGGUUGAUACCGAAGUUGAAAAGGUGAGCCAUCAGAACGUGCAUCAGCUGGAGUCUGACUACGCUGCUAUGGUUCAUGAAUUGGAAAAAACCAGAAACAUGCUGUUACUCCAGUACAAGAUUAAUAAGGAUUAUCACAAAGAGAUAGAAGCUGCACACCAGAAGACGGAACACACACAACGAGAAUGUGAGAUACGACUCAAUGAAUAUGCUACUUUGCUGGACAUCCGGGCAGCAAGGAUAAAGAAAAUGGAGUCCCAGCUACGUGACAUCGCAUAUGGAACGAAACAACAGAAGCUGGCAUUGUCUCUGGAAUUGGAUAAAUCUAAUGAAAUGGACGAGAAUAUUCAGUUGGAAAGAGGACAGAACAUAUUUGAGAUACAUGUACAUAAGGUUAAUCUCACGACUGAAGCUGUGUCUGCCCUCCAAAAUACUGAACCGGCUCUGUUUUGUACCUGGGAGUUUUAUGAGUUUGAGCUCCAGUCUACACCCGUUAUACGUGGAACUGCACCUGUCUUUGACUUCACAUCCCAGUACGUGAUUACCAUUGAUGAUUUCUUCUUACACUACAUCCAGAAGAGCAGCUGUACCCUGGAACUCCAGCAGUCACUUGGCCAAAGCUACCAGACCCUUGCUGCCUGCCAGUUGACCUUUCGUGAUCUCUUUGAACAUCCACCUGGUCGAAUACACAGCACAGCAUUCCUCAUUGGAAUUGAACCUACAAACAUGGAGUUGAAAUUUGGUAGUGUGGAGUACUGGAUUAAUCUGCGUCUACCAAUGGAACAGGCUGUAAGGUUGUAUAAGGAAAGGAUAAAGGCCCUUGGCUACAUUUCUUCCAAUGACCGCUCCGCAAAACAGGCUCUCAAGGCCCUGGACAGUCUCGCUGACCAACGACCAGAUGGCAACAUCAACGAACUCCAUGUAAAAAUACUCCGUUGUACAAACCUCACCUCACGUAGGAAAGAUGUCCAGCCAUCACCUUAUUGUGUCUACCAGUUCUUUGACUUCCCUGACCACGAUACGGUCAUACUACACAGCACCAACAACCCAGAGUUCAACGACCAUCGGACCUUCCCUGUCGUCAUGAAUGCUGCUCUUGAUAACUACCUCAGAUCUGUGGCCCUGCAGAUUUACGUGUUUGAUGACUGCGACCCAGAAGAAACGGGUUACCUCUGUUCAACCAACAUACCUCUUCUGUCCCUCGCUCACGACGGAGCCAUCAAAGGAUUCUUUGAGCUACAUGAGCCGACUCCUGCCCCUGCUGCUGCCUCUACCAGCAUCACCACACCCAGUGUCCCCGCCCCACCAACUGUGAAUGGCCAAAUUGAAAUAGCAGUCCAUUGGCAGAAUGCCUACCUUGCCCCACCCCCUACACUUUCUAUGCCUCACAUCUCAGCCAUUUCUUCCACUGAAGCUGGUAGUGAUCAGGUUCAAAUCCACAACCUCCAGACACCAGCAUCUUCAGCUACUAUGGUUAUUGAUGACGACGAUGAUGAUGGUGUUGUGAGACGGCAGAGCAUCGUCUCACUCCAGGAACCAGUGAAGUUAAGAGAAGGCAGCAGCAGCAACAGCAGUAUGGCUGCAAAGGCUGCCCACGCAUCAUCAAGCAGCAUUGGAAACAUGCCUCCAUCGUCACCGCUGACGUCGUCAUCUUCGAUAUCUGCUCCGUUGUCAUCUUCGAUAUCUGCUCCGUCGUCGAGGUCGCAGUUUGCCAGGCAAGACCCGUCUGCGGUUGUGGCACCGUCGCCGCUGCCGUCGUCAUCACACGAAGGUGUUUCCUUCACAACAUCCACGCCGGCCAUGGCUGCUUCUACUGCUGCCGUCCAGUCGCCUGAUGUUCUGCCACAGAAGCUGCAGAGGUCGUCCCAACCAAAACCAGCACUCCGAAGAACUAUCCCGAAACAACUGAAAUUCGAAGAGGAUUACUCCACCAUAACCUUGGCAAAUACCACAAACACUGAUGUCCCCUCUAAUGCCGUAGUUGGGAUGAAGAAUAACCAGAAACUUCUGAAUGAGUGGAAGAAUAACUCCUCUGUUCAAAGCAAUGAAGCCUUCGAACAUCAGUACCAGGACAACAUCGGUAAUAGUGAAUACGUUGGCAGCAGCGGCAGUGGCAGAGGCAGCGAUGUUGGUGCUUCCAAAGAGAGAAAGAGGAAGAAGAAGAAGAAGAAAGAGAGCAAAGAAGAGCAAAGCUCUAGCGAAAACGUGAGAGAAGGAGGAGGAGGAAAAGAAUUCGCAGAACAGGUAGAAGAAGAAGUAGAGGAGAUGAUACAGGCAAGCUAUGAAGAGGCACCGUCCAGCUACUCGGACAAUGAGGAUUUGGUUAUCCCUACUGCGGUAAACUCAUCCAAAAACUCGACCGGCAGGGACAAGGACGGGGACACGGUCACCGUGGUAGUUUCGUAUCUGACCCUCGACGAGAACUCACCACCACUGCUGAACGACAGGGUCACACAGCUCUACAUUGAGUACCGCUUUCUGAAUUACCCACCCGAGGAACUGGAAACACCCUACCCAUUACCCAAACCUCGAGCUGACCAACCAAUCCACUUCAAUUUUUCUAAAUGUUUACAUGUGGACUACCAGAACAAUUAUGAAAAACGCCAGUUUCUUGCCAGUAUGCUGUUACCUGAUGACCCAGAUGGGGGCUCCAUCCGUUUCACAGUGGUCAGUGAACCAGAGAAAGACGCACAGACGGAGGAGUGUGAAGAGAUUGGCGUUGCGUAUGUCAGUCUGGUGGACAUUCUAAAGAACAAGAAGGACAUUGUAGACGAGGAGAUUCCAAUCUACGACAUAGAAAACCAGCGCCACCAAGUUCCGAUUGGCAGACUCAAUGUCAGCGUAAUUUGUCUGAAAGCACUGCAGGCUGUUGACCGAGAGAUUGUGCGCCAUUAGAACUGUGUUCCAUCGUUAUUAUUGUUCUGUCCCUCCUCUCAAGUUUUCCUUUUUGUCCUAUCUUUGCUCUCAAGUAUCCCCCACUUCUUCCUUUUGUCCUAUCUCUCCUCUCAAGAUUUGCCCUCCCCCUGUUGUCCUAUCUAUCCUCUCAUUUUCCUCUCCAUUCAUCCUAUCUCUCCUCUCAAGCUUUCCUCCCUCUUGUCCUAUCUCUCUGCAGAAGUCCCCCCCCAUUUGUCCUAUUUUUCUCUCAAGCUAUAGUCAUCACCCUUUGUCCUAGCUUGCCUCUCAUCUGAAGUUUUCCUCUGUCUUGUCCUAUCUCUCCUCUCAAGAUUUGCCCUUUCUCUCUUUGUCCUAUCUAUCCUCUCAUUUUCCUCUCCAUUCAUCCUAUCUCCUCUCAAGCUUUCCUCACUCUUGUCCUAUCUCUCCUCAGAAGUUUCCCUCCCCCAUUUGUCCUAUUUUUCUCUCAAGCUUUAGUCAUCACC